AUGGAAGGAGUAAAUAAUAGUAGUUCAGCGUAUAUAGAUAAUUCAUUAGAUGCAGGUGCAGUAGAACCAUUUACUUGUAAAUCUUAUUAUGAGUUGGUUGCAGAUGCACAUGCUAAGAAAGAAGAUUAUUACAUUGCUAGAGUCAGAUGCGUAUUAGAUCCUAUGAAUACCUACUAUUGCUAUGACGCUAAGCAUUUAUGUAAAUUUAUAUUUGAGACUGUCGUGGGUCCUGAUGGUAGGAAGAUUAAGAUUAAAAAUUUUAAGGAUCCUAUCGUUGGUUCUGAGAUAGCUGAGAUUUGUUUUUUUAAGUUAAGGCAUGAAAUGAAGAACCCACUAAGAGCAGAACCUGUGGGUAAUCAUGUUACUUUCUUAGAAUCAAAUGUCUUCAGGAAGAGGAUUUUUAGAGAAGAAGAUCCAUUAGAUUCUUUAAGUGUUAAUUUUCAAUCUGAGGAAGAUGAGAAGAAACCAACUUUCUUAUCAAAACGUAAAAUUAUAAAAUUGUUAAUGUGUUUCAUGGCAGCUAUUGUAAUAAUAACUAUCUCAUUCUUUGUAAUUAUUCAAUAUAAAGCACAUAGAAAUAAUAAAAAGUAUAAUAAACACAAUAAUAAGGCUAAUGUUGAUAAGAGAAAUCAAACUCACAAAAUAGAAAAGUCUCAUAAAAAUAGAAUUUAA